AUGGACUUCACGUUCCAUCCAGGCGUAAACGGGUCGCACCCGUGGGUGGAAUUCUACCCAUACUACCCAUCUCGAGAGGCUGGAUAUGCCUUUAUGGCGAUGUUUGGUCUCUCCACGGUUGCACACUUCGUGCUCAUGAUUCCCUAUAAAGCGGCAUACUUUAUUCCCCUGGUGCUCGGUGGUAUAUGUGAAACAUUCGGCUACUACGGACGCGCCUGGUCACACGACGAUCGAACGAGAAUCGGCUCCUGGGCUCUUCAGGAAAUGCUCAUCAUGUGCGCGCCUCCCCUCAUCGCAGCGACCAUCUACAUGUUCCUCGGCCGAGUCAUCCGCUCCUUCGACGCCGAACACCACGCGAGUAUCCGCCCCAAGUGGCUCACCCCGAUCUUCGUCCUCAACGAUGUCAUCACAUUCAUCACGCAGAUAGCCGGUGCUGGCGUGCAAGUCACCGGGGAUGCACACGUCAUGGACAUCGGCAAGAAAGCUACACUGGCGGGGUUGAUCUUUUCGUUGAUAGUGUUCUGCCUCUUCGUGUUAAUCGCCGCCGUGUUUCAUCGGCGGUGCAAUCGGGAUCCCACGCCUGUAUUGCUUCACAAUCCCAAUCUGAACUGGAAGCGGUACAUGUGGGCGUUGUACAUUUCGUGCUUCGCCAUUAUGCUGCGCAAUUUGAUCCGGUUGAUCCAGUUCGGAUCCGACAAAGAGUCCCCGUUGAACACCAAGGAGGCGUUCAUCUAUGUCUUUGAUGCGGUUCCGAUGCUCAUCUCUGUGGUUGUCCUUAUGGUGUACCAUCCGGGACUGCUGAUCAAGAGAGCGCGGAACGCGCAGAAAGGGGAAAUGCUGAUGGCGGAUCGGAACUCGGGCGAUGUCCCGUUGACGCAGUAUGCAGGGGCGCGUGUGUGA